AUGACAAACUCAUCGGAUGGCAAGAUCCAGGAGGAUGGGAUGGUAGCCCUCGCUCCGCAUCAUUCAGAUGAUGCGUCGUCUAUUGACCUGUUAAAGCUUGCCCAAACUGAUAAUCCCAUUGGUCAAGCUGGAACUUCGAGCACACUUCCCAUUACUGCACCAGCAUUGCCAUCUUUGGGCUACCCGAGCAUGUCGCAGCAUCCCAGUUCAGGAAAGCGUGGACCUUCCCCAGUUGAUACCCUAGAGGGUCCUCAAAAGAAAUCGCGACGCUGGAGAAGUAACCAACCAGGAUCUAUUAUGGAUUCAUCUUCAGGCCUUCCUACCCAAGAAGCUCUACUGCUCCAAGAGCAAGGAGCAAGUCAACCACCUUUAAACCCUAUCAAGCAAUCCAAGUCCCAACCUCAGGACAGCGCUUAUACGGAAAUGUGCUUUGAAGUCGACAAUUCCACCCGAUCCAUCAGUACAGCCAACGACUUCAAGGAAAUCAGUGGAGAGAACAAAUCAGUGUCCGACUCCGGCAUUCUCACAGAGACUGAGGUUGCGUCCCUACCGUACGGCCUUGGCUCCAUUUAUGCCGAAACCUGUAGACUAAAGGCUGAAGCCGAGCGUCGCGAGAAAGAGAUGGAAGCCGAGAAGGCAGCCGAGAAAGCGCGUCUCGCCGCGGCGAAGAAAGCCAACGAAUUCCGAUGGCCUGGUGACACAUCGGCGUACCCAGCAGAGGCUUCCGUAUUCGUGAACCCUCCAGGCAGUAGGCUCCGCGCCAAAGCUGUCCACAUCGGUACCCCGAAGAGCCAUCCCUUGACGUCACGCGUCAGCGUCUACGCCGUCAGACAAGAAGGUAGCGCCGAUAUCGAGUUCAGAAUGGCUCGAGAUGGCUCGACCCCAGAAGAAAUACGCCAGGGCCCCUCGGUCGACUACAAGCAGAUCCGCCUCAACAACUUCUUCAAGGGCAUGAAGCAGAGUCAAGCUGACCUUUGGGCCAGGCAGCUGUUGUCUCAGGUUCCGGGCAUUAACGACGCUAUCGUGAAGUGGAAAUAA